AUUUAUUUAUUUAUGUUUUUUUUGAGAAAUCCACCAAAAUUGUUGAAACCAGUAAUUAGACUGAAAGACAGUAGAAAGAUAUGGCUCUGCAGCCUAUAUAUUCCGUUUCUAUGAUCGGAAGUCCUAGAAAAGUCCCGUCUUUUAUUCCCGGAAAAAGAUAAAUGCAGCAUUUGCAGAUUGGUUUCGUUGCCAAAUCGUUCAGUAUCAGUAAAACCUACUAAGUCAACCCAUCUGGACCACAAUUUGGCUGUCGUAAUGUCCUCUUCUUCUACGACAUCGUCUUCUUCGGGGCCGUACGGGCAAUCCAAGAGGGUUUGGAUAUGGACUGAAAGCAAGCAGGUCAUGACCGCCGCCGUGGAGAGAGGAUGGAACACCUUCCUUUUCUCCUCUAGUCGUCGAGAACUUGCCAAUGACUGGUCCUCACUUGCGCUGAUAUAUCCACUCUAUGUUGAAGAAGGAGGGAUAUUUGAUAAUGAGAACAGAAGAGUUGGCACAAUUCUUGAGGUUUCGAAUCCCAAAGAGCUAGAGCAGCUUCAACCCACAAAUGGGAUGGCGGAGAAUGUUGUUGUUAAUUUACUAGAUUGGCAGGUAAUACCUGCUGAGAAUAUUGUUGCAGCAUUUCAAGGUAGUCAAAAAACUGUUUUUGCCAUCUCAAAAGUUCCUUCUGAAGCUCAAAUCUUUCUUGAGGCUCUGGAGCAAGGGCUGGGUGGAGUUGUUUUAAAAGUCGAGGAUGUCAAAGCUGUUCUUGAGCUAAAGGAAUAUUUUGACCGAAGAAAUGAAGAGAGCAAUAUAUUGAGCUUGACCAAAGCCACUGUAACUCGAGUUCAAGUAGCUGGAAUGGGGGAUCGAGUUUGUGUGGACCUCUGUAGUCUCAUGAGACCUGGUGAAGGACUUCUUGUUGGAUCCUUUGCUAGAGGACUAUUCCUUGUUCACUCAGAAUGCUUGGAGUCGAAUUACAUUGCCAGUAGGCCUUUUCGAGUCAAUGCGGGAGGUGUACAUGCCUAUGUAGUUGUUCCUGGAGGGAAAACAUGUUACCUCUCAGAGUUAAAAGCAGGGAAAGAGGUACUUGUGGUUAAUCAAAAAGGCCAGCAACGAAAUGCCAUUGUUGGGCGAGUAAAGAUAGAGACUAGGCCACUGAUCCUAGUAGAGGCAAAGAGCGAUUCAGACAAUCAAACUCUUUACAGCAUCCUCCUACAGAAUGCAGAAACAGUUGCUUUAGUUUCUUCACCUUGCCAAGGAAAUGAAACAGCGAUUCCCGUGACCUCUCUCCAAGUUGGAGAUGAGGUGAUGUUAAGAGUACAAGGAGCGGCCAGGCAUACCGGAAUAGAAAUUCAAGAAUUUAUUGUAGAGAAUUGAACAGGCAAGAUGAUACAAGUGGAAUUUGUUCACAACUAAGGGCAGCUACAGGUAUUCACAAUCAGUUCUUAGCUAGCCUAAUCUUCUUGGAUGCCAUUACUAAAAACUCGAAAUAGCUGGUUUCAAUGAUUAGGAAACCAAAUGCUUGAAUAACAACAUACAUUGAACAUGGUUUCUUUUAUAAAGCAUUUUGAUAUUAAAUUUAGAAGGCAUUAAUACACAA